CUAUUUUAAUGGUGGCUGGCUACCUUAAUUCCACAUGCUAAAAUUUUGCACCCCUUUAUUAUAUAACCGUUUCAUUCUCUAUAGCAUCUCAAAGGGUGUCCAAAGAAGGAAUCACACAAGAGAAAUUUUGGGUGGAUCUUGGUAAUUUAAAUUUGGUCCAAAAAUAGUAAGAAAAAAAAACCAUAGUUCAUAUAAUUUUCAUGUCCUUGCUAACGGUGGCGCACCAAAGGGGGUCAGGUGAGUUUAUCCGGUUCACGGAAAGUCAUGGCGGUGGUGGCGAUGACGUCAGUGGUGACGGUGAACAUGGUUGUGGACAUGAUGAUGGAAGUGGUGCUGGAGGUUCACUAGGGUUGAAUUUUAACCAAGUGAUGCAACAAGGUGAGGUGACAAUGCAAGGUGGUUCAUUGGUUUCAGGGUAUAACAGGGGUGAUCCAGAGUUGAGAGAAAUAGUUUCAGCUUUGACACACGUGGUGUCUUCAGGGUCUGGCCAGAGGAGCACCGAAUGGACCCAGCAAAGUGGUUUUCCUAUGAUGUCUGCUUCUUCUCUUUCACGUUUGUCUGCUUUCUCUUCUUCUUCUCCUUCUCCUUCUUCUGGAGCCUCUUGGGUUGGCCACAAAAGAGGCAGAGAAGAAGAAGAGAAUAGUACUUCACAUAACUUGAUGCAACAACAACAACAAAGUGCUCCAAGACUCUUUAGAAACAUUGGUGACUUCAUGGUGCCUUCUCAAGGAGACUCAUCAUCAGUGACAGAAGAAGCCCCCACCUCCACAACUACAACUGUAACCACCGUCACAACGGCGGUUACUGAAAACCCACCAGGAGGUGGGGAAAGGAGGAGAAAGUACAGGGGAGUGAGGCAGAGGCCAUGGGGAAAAUGGGCAGCAGAAAUCCGUGAUCCACACAAAGCAGCAAGAGUUUGGCUAGGCACAUUUGACACAGAAGAAGCAGCAGCAAGAGCCUAUGAUGAAGCUGCAUUGAGGUUCAGAGGCAACAGAGCAAAGCUUAACUUCCCUGAAAAUGUAAGAGCAGUUCCACCCAUUCAACCUUUUCAAGCCACCACUAGGCUAACCGUUUCUGAUUCCACCACCUCUCAAUUCCGGCCACUCUCCGCGGUGGCGCCACCCUUCAUUCAGCAGCCACAGAUUCAGGGCUCCUCUGACUUGAUCAGAGACUACUUGCAAUACUCUCAGCUUCUACAGAGUGAUUUUCAACAGCAACAAAUACAACAACAACAGCAGCAGCAGCGGCAGCAGCAACAACAACAACAACCAUCUAGUUUGCUUCAGCAGUUGUACUAUAAUGCACAAUUUGCUUCACUUCAAUCACCUUCAAUGCUAUCAUCAUCUCCUUCAUUUUCUUCUUCUGUGUCUCCAGCACCAUUCCCAUUAUUCACAACCUCUGCUUCUUUCCCCUUGUUUUCAAGUCAACAAAUGGGCUAUUUCCAGCCACCGGAAAGCCGCAAUCCCGCUGGCGGCGUGCCGGAGUUUCCAACGUCCACAUGGUCGGAUACCAGUAGCCAGCCACCACCUUCUGGUUGAUACAGUGUUUUAGUUUCCUUCAUAUUUUCCUUUUUCUUUUUUCUUUCUUUCAUUCUUAGCAUAAAAAAAAAAAGACUUGUUAUACUUAUUUCUUUUUUCAAGGGUGAAACUAUGAUAUAGUUUUUUUAAGUAUUUUUGGUACUAUUCUCGUAUCAGAAUUAGAGUUUCAGUAAUUUAUGUUGAUAUUCAAUACAAAUCUUUAUUAUGUAAAUUAAAAUGUGAAACUUUAAUUCUUUCUUUUAUAUAUAUAUAGUACCAAAAAGAUCUUACUAACUUUAUUUAAGUUUGGUACUUUUUAAAUGAUGGUAAAUUCCUUGAACAUGUAGUUUUGUUCCUAUUCAUGUAAAGAAGAUUAUUUGAAAACAGAAAAGGUGGGAGUGAUUGAAGAUUGAUGAUGGAUGAGAAAGAGUGGCAGGUAAAGACAAAGCAGCAUUUAGGAUUUAGGGUUAGUUUAUUUCCAAUUCUCAAUGGAUUUGAUGUUAACAUUCUCUCAGUUAUCCAUGGAAAGACGUAGAAAUCCAUAGUUUUUACAUACCCUCUGUCUGCUAUCUGCUAUACAGCCAUUGAUUUUAUCAAAAUGUUCCUAUACUUUAGUUCUUUUUUAAUAAUAUUUUGUGGAGAUUU